CCAUUACUUUGACCACAAAAAGUCCCUUAAUUCCCACCAUAAGAAAAUAUGGUUCUAUUGUUGGUUCAAAAGGAGGAAAUAGUAGUGAGAUGGAAUAUGGAAAUGGAGGCCCAAAAAAAUAUGAGUAUUGCUGAUCAUCUAUUAGUUGAUGGCAAGAACGAUGGAGGGUUUCUUCCUGGGUUUCGAUUCCAUCCUACAGAUGAAGAGCUUGUUGGGUUUUAUCUUCGAAGGAAGGUGGAGAUGAAGCUUAUUAAUCUUGACCUUAUCAAACAAAUUGAUAUAUACAAUCAUGACCCCUGGGAUCUUCCAAAAGUUGGUAGCUGUGCUAAUGGAGAUCAGAAAGAGAUCUACUUCUUCUGCAGAAGAGGAAGAAAGUACAAGAACAGCAUAAGACCCAACAGGGUGACAAGAUCUGGAUUUUGGAAAGCCACAGGAAUCGACAAGCCAAUAUAUUCUCAUGUUGAAGGAAGUGCUCAGGAAUGCAUUGGUCUGAAGAAGUCAUUGGUUUAUUACAGAGGAAGGGCUGGAAAAGGUGGCACUAAAACUGAUUGGAUGAUGCAUGAGUUCCGUCUCGCAGCCAGCCAAAGCACCAACCUUAUAAAUAACCCAAAAAACUCUACCCAAGAAGCUGAAGUUUGGACACUUUGUCGGAUUUUGAAGCGAGAUGUUUCUAACAAAAAGUAUGCUUCAGAGUGGCAAAAGAACAACUCUAAACGAAAUCUGGCCGGUUAUUCGAGCUCAAUAACAUGCAGUUCUGAUCAGUCCAACAACAUCACAGACGAGUAUAAUUCGACCUUUGGAGCUUUGGCUGCUGAGAUUGGAAAUGAGGGGAGACCUAUGAUCAGUAGUAGUAGUAUUACUGAUCAUCCUAUGGACGAAAAGAACAAUAUGUUAUUGGCACGACAGCGGAUCUUGACAGGUCAGGUUCCGUAUAAUAUGGCCUCAUCAUGUUUAAGCGACGCGAACCCAAACGAUGAAGAUCGUCACGAAAUAUCAUGUAAAGAAGGAAACUGGGAUGAGCUGAUGUCAGUGGUUGAGUUUGCUAUUAACCCAUCACUGCUAUACUGUCUUAAGUAGAUUAAGGUACAAUAUAUAGAUAUAUAUAUAUAUAUAUAUAUAUGUGUGUGGUGUGAGAAUAAUAAAUAGAAUUAUAUAUAUAUAUAUAUAUAUGUGUGUACGUAUGUAUCUAGGUCAUGAUCUCUUAAUUUAGAAAACCUUUUUGAGGGUUAAUUACAAGUAGAAAACACAUGAAAAUUAAAUAAUGCAAUAUAGAAUAUUUCGUACUGCAUGAUAAUGAUGUUUUAUGAGUCAGCAUUAUAACUGGACUUGUACUGUAUCCAUUAUAAUUAGAAGUAAAGAAAGAUCAAUGGGUGUGGAUCUGCCUGUUCUUAA